AUGGACAAGAUGGAACCGCGAGUCUCGCGUUAUAGGAGCCAGCGACGGGCACAGCAGCAAUUGGUCGAAGAAGACGAGACACCGGACGUGCCUCCGAUCCCUCAGGAUGAGGUGGAGGCUGGUGAUGGGGUCGUGAGGAGUCGGUCGAGGUAUCACCGGAAGAAUGCGACGAAUGCUGUGAACACUGCUGUGGAAAGUAGUCCGAAGGACGAGAGCGGGACGGGGAGUGGCAGGUAUGACUCUCCGCGACGAGAUGAGGGCAAUGCGAGGUCCUCGCCCGCGCAGAGGUAUAGGGGAAAGAGUGUACAUCGACAGCAGUCGCAGGAGAGUCCUCCCGCACGGCUGGGAGCGACUAAGGAGGUAGAGGCGCAGGUUGAUGCUGAUGGGUAUGGGAAUGCGCCUAGGAAGCUUAGCGCGUAUGACAAGGAAUUGAAUGUGAGGAAGGAUGAGUCGCCUAGGAAACAAGAUACUGCUCCGCAGACUGAGCUUUUCCCUCCUCCUCGCGCUGACCCUGUUCGUCCUUCGACUAAGCCGGUGGUCAUGGAUGGACCGCCUUCGUCCGAUAAGAUCCGGGCCACGAAGAGUACGAAUCAGUUGCCGCGAUUUGAUGAUGAGGAAGACGAACAGAAGGGAGGAUGUUUCGGCUUAUUCAAGCGCAAGCGAGGUGAGGCUACUCCAGGACACACGGAGAAGCGACCGCUUGCGCCUGCAACACAGGAUGUACCCAAAUCAGCUGUCAAUAGUGGUGACCGAAGAGUCCUGGUCGAAUGUGGCAAGUCAAAGACAGUCUUUCCCGUCACCAUCGAAACAACUCCAAUAGACAUCAUCAAAAGCGCAGCAACGGUAAUGUCCGAACGCAUCAACCCUCGCUCCGCAGUUCUGCUCGAAAUGUUCGGCAGCGUCGGUAUCCAACGUGCCCUACGCCGCUACGAGCACGUCCGCGACGUAAUGAACAGCUGGGACACCGACCGCCAAAACAGCCUCCUCCUCGUCGAUCCAGGUACCGGUACCUCCGAAGCCGAACUCAGUCUCGCCGGCGCACCGAAAGAAGAACCCUCCGAACAAAGCUGGCUUCUCUCCGUCUCUCAGAAACCAGGCAAAUGGGACAAACGAAUGAUCACUCUCCACCCCACCGGCCAGAUUUCCAUGCAACGCGAUCCCAACAAACCCCAGCAGACGGAGAACAUCUGCCACCUGAGCGACUUUGACAUUUACACACCGACGCCGGAGAAACUGAGGAAGAAGAUUAAGCCGCCGAAGAAACACUGUUUUGCUAUCAAGUCCCAGCAGAAAGCGAUCAUGUUCGAGUCGACGCAGAAUUUCGUGCAUUUCUUCUGUACGAAUGAUGCCAGGACUGCGGACGAGUUUUUCCGGGCGGUGCAGGGUUGGCGGAGUUGGUAUUUGGUUAAUGUGCUUGGGGAGGGAGGGAAGAGAGUCACGAAGGCUGCCGAUGCGACGCAAGGGGCAGCUCACCCGGGUGAGGGUAAGGGAGUGGCGAGGUCGGGGAGUAGGAGUCAUCAUCAGAGGGGUGCGGAUAGUGUGGGCUCGCAUUAUCAGUUGGGGUCUUUCCGGCCAUUGUCGAUGCAUGUCGGACAGUUCGAUAUGCCUGUGAAUGGGACUGAUGGUACGGGUGUUGAGCAACAGGGGCCUACGAAGUCUUCGGCUGGGUUCAACAAGUCGGCUAAUCAGUUCGAUCCUAUGGUCUCGCCUGAGCGGAGAACGAGCACGCGGAAGAAAGGUCAAACACAGCUUCCGCCUGUGGCUCCGGGUGGCAAAGUCUUGGCUGAUGACGAGCCCCUUGCGAACUUGGCCAGACGCGGGUCAGUGGACAAGAAAAGGACGUCCACGGAUGCUUCUGGGAGGCAGGAGGAAUUUGCUACGACGGGUUUACUUGGGAGGAGUUAUUCGCAGCGGCAGAGGGAUGUUGCUGAGAAGGACACGAGGAGAGUGGAUGCUUUCACCGCCGGACCUAAUUUGCUAAACGGUGGCUUGGAUGCCACGCGCGAGGAAGAAAGGAGUCAUUUCCGGAAAUCGCUCGAGAUUGAGGCGCCGCAGCGUGGGAAGUCGACACGAGUGGUCGCGCAGCAGAAUAGUAGUGGGGAUAUGCGGCGGCAUAAGUCUACGCGCGCUCCCAACAGCAGCAAUCACAACGAGCUAGGACGUUCAGGCUCUGUGCGGGAGAAGGUUCCGCCGAAGCCGCUCGUGGAUCUGACACCGCAGUAUCGCGAACCACUCCAACAUACGAAUAAAGGUAAGGCUUUCAGGCCUGAUCCAUCGGGUCUCGGGGGCUUGGUGGCUAAUGCCACGAGUCCGGAGGACUUCAUUGGGGCACCGCCAGCGAGCGAUUGGAGACGGAGUCCGAAUAACGUCGCGCAAAAUCCACCACAGCCACAGUCGCAACAUCAGCAAGGUGGCCUUCAACCCUCGAAAUCCACCCACCGUCGCGCAAACUCCGUGAACAAACGUCCUGAAACGUCGUCCCGUGCCAAGUCCGACGAGAACGCCGGAACAGCUUUCACAGGUGAAGGUCUCCUCGCGUCCUCGCAAGCCCAGGCCGGCUGGGGUGGAGGGGACAAAGGCCACGGUGUUGUUGUUGACGGGCCGAGGGCCAAGGCGCCAUUGGUGGAUUUUCAGGAGGCUAGUCGGUUUGUUCCGGGCAGUCUCCUGAACCGGGUGGAGGCUGUGGAGGGUGGUCCGGGGAGGCCGGUGAUCGAUCGGGAGAAGAGGGUGGAGAGGGAUGUUAGAGUUGGGGAGGGGUAUUAG